AUGUGUCUCUCCCCCAGCUACUCAUAUCUCUUCCAUGUGUGUGUGUCUCUCUCUCUCCCCAGCUACCCAUAUCUCUUCCAUGUGUGUCUCUCUCUCUCCCCAGCUACCCAUAUCUCUUCUCUCUGUCUCUCCCCAGCUACCCAUAUCUCUUCCAUGUGUGUCUCUCUCUCUCCCCAGCUACCCAUAUCUCUUCCAUGUGUGUGUCUCUCUCUCUCUCUCUCCUCUCUCUCUCCAUGUACCCAUAUCUCUCUCCAUGUGUGUGUCCCAUGUACCCAUCUCUUCCAUGUCUCUCUGUGUGUACCCAUAUCUCUUCAAUGUGUGUGUCUCUCUCCUCUACCCAUAUCUCUUCAAUGUGUGUGUCUCUCUCUCUCCCCUGCUACCCAUAUCUCUUCCAUGUGUGUGUGUCUCUCCAGCUACCCUCUCUCCUGUGUGUGUGUCUCUCUCUCUUCUGUCUCUCUGUGUACCCAUAUCUCUUCCAUGUGUGUGUGUCUCUCUCUCCCCAGCUACCCAUAUCUCUUCCAUGUGUGUGUCUCUCUCUCUCCCCCCACCCAUAUCUCUUCCAUGUGUGUGUGUCUCUCUCCCCAGCUACCCAUCUCUUCCAUGUGUGUGUGUCUCUUCCCCAGCUACCCAUAUCUCUUCCAUGUGUGUGUGUCUCUCCCCCAGCCACCCUCCAUGUGUGUGUCUCUCUCCCCAGCUACCCAUAUCUCUUCCAUGUGUGUGUGUGUGCUACCCAUAUCUCUUCCAUGUGUGUGUCUCUCUCUCUCCCCAGCUACCCAUAUCUCUUCCAUGUGUGUGUCUCUCUCUCUCUCUCCCCAGCUACCCAUAUCUCUUCCAUGUGUGUGUGUCUCUCUCUCUCCCCAGCUACCCAUAUCUCUUCCAUGUGUGUCUCUCUCUCUCUCCCCAGCUACCCAUAUCUCUUCCAUGUGUGUCUCUCUCUCUCUCCCCAGCUCUCUCUCUCCCCAGCUACCCAUAUCUCUUCCAUGUGUGUCUCUCUCUUCCCCAGCUACCCAUAUCUCUUCCAUGUGUGUCUCUCUCCCAGCCACCAACAUCCUUCCAUGUGUGUCUCUCUCUCCCCCAGCCACCAAUAUCUCUUCCAUGUGUGUCUCUCUCUCUCUCCCCAGCCCAUGUCUUCCUCUCUCUCUCCCCAGCCACCCAUAUCUCUUCCAUGUGUGUGUGUGUGUCUCUCUCUCUCCCCAGCUACCCCAUCUCUUCCAUGUGUGUGUGUGUGUCUUCUCUCCCCAGCUACCCAUAUCUCUUCCAUGUGUGUGUCAUUUCCCCAGCUACCCAUAUCUCUUCCAUGUGUGUGUGUCUCUCUCUCUCUCCCCAGCUACCCAUAUCACUUCCACGUGUCUCUCCCCAGCUACCUAUAUCACUUCCAUGUCUCUCUCUCUCUCACCAGCUACCCAUAUCUGCUCUGUGUGUGUUUCUUUCCAGCUCAGCAUGUCAUUUUAG